GGCAGAGGCCCUAAACAGACUGCUUCGGUCAAGCCCCAUGGUGCCAGAUCGUUGAGUCAGAGUGCAACUCCGCAAUAUGUUGCAACACAAGGUUGUCCUGACGGGAAUGGGAGGUCCUGUUCUAGAAGAACUGGUACAGACAGUAUAAAUGGCUGCUGAAAGUAAUUCAACGUGUUUCGACGAUUGUUGGGUUUUAGUAUAAAAAUGUGUAAUUUAUCUAGCUAGGAAUACACAGGAAGCACAUUUGACGCAUUUUAGAUUUAGUCAUCGUCAUGGUGUCUUCGAGGGUACUCCAGCUGUUAUCGUUAGCUUGCGUUGCUUCUCUUCUCACCGCUGGAGCUGAUCGUCCAGAGAAGCCUGAGAAUCUGUCCUGUGUAGCGGUUCAGAAAGGUACAUACAUCUCUCCAGCCAUCAGGUGUGAGUGGGAAGCAGUAGGACGUCAUACAACAGAAGUCCCUACAAUAUACACGCUGAUUGUCAGACAAGUCCUCUCUGGUGAAACCUAUCAUACAUCACAGACUACUACAAAGGGUACAUCUACAAAGACUGCCGAAGUGCCUCUGAAUGUCUUCCCCAGUUUUAUGCAACUGGACAUCUGGGUAGAGGCACAUAAUAAACUUGGAAAAGUAGAGUCUGAGCACCUGAAAAAGGAUGCUAACUACUUUGUGAAAACAAACCCUCCAUCUGAUGUCACAGUAAUUUCAGAGAAGGGUUUUCCCACCUCUCUUCUCAUAAUGUGGGCUCAUCCUAUUGCCGUUGAAUAUUUGAAAUUGAAGUAUGAAAUCAGAUUCUGCCGACGUGAAUCACCGAUAUGGAAUUACGUACCGCUUGAAGAAACUUCUAAAUAUAUUCAAUCCUUCAGACUUCAGAACCUUCAACCAUACACAGUAUAUGUCACUCAAGUACGCUGCAAAAAUUCCCAAGAGAACCAUGGUUUUUGGAGCAACUGGAGUAAAAAUGCUACCGAGAGAACACAAGAGGACCGAUCCUGAGCUUGCCAAUGGGAGGAUAACAAGAUUUGACAUAACGAUUCAAAACCCAAAGGAUAAAGUCAAGAAUGGAAGUUGGGAGUGGGAACGUAUAAUGGUCAACAGAUCCGAGGCAGACAGCAGCUCCAGUAAC